AUGAAGGUGCGUUUCGCUCGCACCCAUGGCGUUUUAGCCACCUGGCUCCUCUUCUGGGUUCUUUCAGGGACGGUCACUGGCCACUCAUGGCCAGAACGGACAGUACGCAUCGCGCCAAAUGGGACGCUGAUUGGCGUUCCGGGCUUCGACAGAGCCCACAUCGACAGAGCUAGCGGCCCUCAGGAUGACUACCUCAUUCCGCCGAACGGCAGGCCCGACGGCAAAAUUAUCCACGAGGACGACAAGCUCGUGAAGCCAGAGAAAAUGAAGCUCACGGAUUCCAGCUACACUGCGCAGUUUCCGAUGCUGCAGGUGGCCCCUGGCGACUUUGUCGCAAUCCAGUACGCCGAAAACGGUCAUGUCACCAUCGCGGAUAAGACGACGCCGCUCAAACCUAUCAACCGUGGCACGGUAUAUAUCUACGGCACAUACCAGGCUGAUUUAACAAACGUCAAUCUCAUGGACGUCCACUUGAAGUGGACAGCCGACGGCCGGGGCGGGAACGGCAAUGGUAAAUUACUCGCCACUAGAAACUUUGACGAUGGCCAAUGCCAUGAAGUCGUCCCCGCGGACGGGGACAGUGAAGGCAUCUCGACGUACCGCAGGCUGCACAUAAGCGAGACAGAUUCGGUACUCUGCCAAUCUGACUUCCAGAUUCCCCUGGACGCCGAAAUUGGCAGCAUCCUGACCGUCAUCUGGGUCUGGGACUGGCCAGACAUGAAUGUCGCAGGGGUUGCGGUGCCGCCAGCUAGCUACCCGGACACCGGCAGGCCAUGCCCGCCGGGCGGCAACUCCUCGGAACUAUGCAUCCAUAUACCGGAGCUGUACACGGGAGUUGUCGAUUACAGAAUCGUCGACCCCUGCGACGAGAGUCUUGGGGAGGUGAAGGGUCCUACGUGCGGAAAUCGAAACGGCAAGUUUGCGGUUCAGUAUGACAUUCACCAGGCCGCGACAGCCAGAGGCAUCCCGGCGCAGAUGGCGAAUCCUUUUGUGGUGCAAGUCCCUCAGGCGGGAUUCAACGUCACAAGCGCCACAGCUGCUUCGACCGAUAUCCCCCUUCACCCCCUUAUCGGAGCUACAGCCACUCAGUUCCCGCUCCCGUCGGCCAUCCUCCAGGCACAGCUGCAGUUUACCAGUGUGCCUCCGACAACCAGUAUUGGGACAACACCGCCAAUACCUGAACCUUCGCCCUCGAGCGCAGGUACGGAUCCCGAACUAUUAUUCGUCACCGUGUCGAUCACGGCGCCGCAGAGCAGCGUCACCGUCACGGUCACCGCGCGGGCGGAAAGCAGCCCCGCUGCUGGAACCGGAACCACAUCAUCCACUCGGCCCACUAUCACCGGGUUCCUGCCAAGAUCAAGGGCCUCCCGUGUCAGGCGCCGGUAUCAGGAGGAAGCAAUGCGUUGA